UCUGCACAAGGCUGUUGCUCUGCAGUCAAAACGGCACGGAGGAUUGUACACGUGCUAUCGCCUUGCAGCCCACCCACGCAGAACGCAGCAAAGAUGGGUGCAGCUGGAUCCAAGCCGACCGACGCGGGCUCCGCGCCGAAGCAGACCGAGGCGAAGAGUACCGGUGCCGAACCGUUGCAGCUCGGCCGCUCAUUGUUGAACGACAUUGACAAGAACCAAUCCGAUGUGGCUGGGAAAUCAGACGGCAGCGAUAGCAGCGGCGCCAACAAAGAUGCUAGCCCAUCACUAUUAUCCGCGACGCGCCAAACGCAGCUAGAUGCCUCGAUCCAGUCACGCAUCAAGUCCGAGCUGUCUCGCUUAAAGAAGCAGGAGAACGAGGUGCGCAAGCAGAUCGAGCUCGCGCUUGAAAAGGAGAACCUGGACAAUGAGAAGAAGCUAGGAGAAAAGGGGGCGCAAGGCCGAAGCGCUGUAUUGCUCCAACAGCAGCUGGAUGAGAUCUCCCAAAAGAUCGAGAAGCACAACAAGACGAGGGAGAAGGUGGAGAACACCCCCGGCGUCAAGCAAGCCCGAGAGGAGGUUACCAAGUGCUACAGAGAUGGCAACAGAACGUUAGACUGUUGGGAAGCAGUGCAAAACUUCAAUGCGGCGGUAGCAAAAGCAGAAAAGAACUUCCUCCUAUCAGCCAGCGCUUAGACUUUUCCUCUCGUGUACUGUACAAGCCUUGCCUUUAUGCGUGCAGCGUAACACCCGCGUCGACCAGCACGUUGGCGAGGCCGACGUACUUUUCGUCUUGCAGGCACUUACAGACCAUAUGGAUAUUAACUGGCAUUCCCUUCCAGAUGAUCGGAUCUUAGCGCUCGCACAUCUCUCUGUCAGAUGGAUCAAGCGGCUCGGUG